GGACAGAGAGAGGGACAGGGUCGGGGAGAGACGGGAGAGAGAGAGUCGGGAGAGAAAGGAAGAGAGAGGCAGCAGCAGCAGGAGGAGGAGGAGAGGAAAGAGAGGGACAGGUGGGGAGAGAAAGGGAGAGAGAGUCGGGAGAGAAAGGAAGAGAGAGGCAGCAGCAGCAGGAGGAGGAAGAGAGGAAAGAGAGGGACAGGUGGGGAGAGAAAGGGGGAGAGAGGAGCAAGCAGGCUUGCUCCGGCAGUACAAACACUAACAUUGGAACGAUACAGAGAAGAUUAGCAUGGCCCCUGCGCAAGGACGACACGCAAAUUCGUGAAGUAGAAAAAAAAGGAGAAAAUAAAAAGAGGGAGGGACGGACCCUGCGUUUUUGGGGGAGGCGUGGAGAGAAGGGCGGGCGGGCAGCUGCAGCAGAGGACGGUGCCGGCGCGGGGCCACGUGACGCACCUGCGUUGCAGGUGUAUGGAGGUGUAUGCUGUAUAGCUCCAGGUGUACACAGGUGAAUACGCAGUGCUUACAUUGCAAAGAAGCACAGGUGUUGCAGUGUUGCAUCAUGGUUUAGCCCCACCCAGCGGCGGGAGUGAUGAUUAUGAAACUUCUGAGGGUCUACGACAUGGGUGGCUUCGUGGCGGCGCUGUGACAGUUGAGAGAAGUUCGGUCGGCAGCAUGGCCCAGCAGAAGAUCAUCUACACCCUGCCGACCGUGCGGUUCAUCUCCGUCACCAACCUCUGCUACUUUAUUGAUGGCCUGACCGCAGUUCUGCUGUGGAUCCUGGGAGGUCCCGACCACUACCUGGAGAAUGACAUCCUGCACUGGUCAUUCGUGACGUCCGCUUUCGACAUGGCGGGGCUGUCAGCCAUGAAGACAUGCCUCCUCAUCGGUCUGUUCACGGCGCUCGAGCAUGCGGCGCUGAAGCAGUUGGAUCAGCCCGAUGAUCUGACUUCGGCGCGGCGAAGAAGGAUCCUUCAAGUUGUUUGUGGGUUCCUGUCCUUGAUGUGGCUCUCGUACACGGCGGCUAAGGGAGCAGUCGUUCUAAAAAGUGGCAGCUACAAGCACAUGCCUCUGACAUUCCACAUCAUGCUCAUCAGUUCCUUUGUGUUCAGCUUAUUUGAGUUUGUCCUGAACAUGCUUUGCCACAGAUUCCUGAACAAGCUGCAAUUGCUCAGAAUUAUUCACAAGGUGGAGGACACACAGGAGGAGGAAGAUAAGAAGAAAAAGAACGUCGGUAUCUGCAGGGUUCUGUCUCUGGCCAAAGAGGAGACCGGCAUUGUGGUCCUGGGAAUGAUAGCCCUCCUAGGCUCCACUGCCACUCAAAUGGUUUCCCCACUCUUCUUUGGCAAGGUCAUCGAUGCUGCCAGGACCUCCAUGAACGAGCUGAACGAAGCCAUCCUCAUCCUCUUCGGCAUCUACGUGGGUGGGGCUCUCUGCUCGUUUGUGCGUUCGUACCUCUUCAUAUUCGCCGGCCAGCGGAUGGUGGCACGCCUGCGUACGCGGCUGUUCGAGGCCGUCAUGGCCCAGGAGGUGGCCUUCUUUGAUGAGAACAGAACCGGCGAGAUCACCAACCGCCUCUCCAACGACACCCAAGUGAUACAGAACGCCGUCACAGUGAACAUCUCCAUGCUGGUGCGGUACGCGGUGCAGAUCCUGGGCUCACUCGUCGUGAUGUUUGUGCUGAGCCCCGCGCUCUGCGGGGUCCUCAUCGCAUCCGUGCCCUUCGUUGCCAUCGGAGCCGUGCAGUACGGGAACUUUGUGAAGCGGCUGCGCAAGAACUUUCAAGAUGAGCUGGCGUCGGCAGGCAGCACGGCGGAGGAGGCCGUGUCCAGCGUGCGCACGGUGCGUGCGUUCUGCGGGGAGGGACGCAUGAGUGCGCAAUACGACAGCGAUGUGCAGCGCAGCUUCAACAUCGGACGCAAGAUCGCGUUGGCGGAGGGUGCAUUCAGCGGGCUUGUUGGAACAGUGGCACAGGGGGCGGUCGUGUUGGUGCUGUGGUACGGAGGGAAGCUGGUCUAUGAAAACCUGCACGGGCAAACGGGCAUCUCGGUCGGCACUCUCACCGCGUUCAUGCUCUACACGCUGAACGUGGCCAUGGGCUUCGCGUUGCUCGCGUCGCUCUACGGGGACUUCAUGCAGGCGGUCGGCGCGUCCCAGCGCGUCUUUGAGCUACUCGACCGGCAGCCUCGCAUCCCCAACGCGGGCGGACGAGCACCGCCCAGCGUGCGCAUGGAUGGCAGAGUCUCGUUCAACGACAUUCACUUCUGCUACCCUUCCCGCCCUGACACGCCGGUUCUGCAGGGCGUGUCAUUCUCGGUGGAGCCGGGCACCGUCGUGGCACUCGUGGGGCCAUCGGGAGGCGGAAAGUCCACGAUCGUGGCACUGCUGCAGCGCUUCUACGACCCCAGCACCGGAUCCAUCAUCUUCGGAGGGACAGACUUGCGGGAGCUGGACCCCCAGUGGUUCCGCCAGACCAUGGCCGUCGUGAGCCAGGAGCCCGUGCUCUUCGCGACCACGAUCCACAAGAAUAUCUCCUACGGUCGCGAGGCCACUUUUGAGGAGGUGGUGGAGGCUGCAAAGCAAGCGAAUGCGCACGACUUCAUCUCAUCCUUCGAGGAGGGUUAUGAAACGAUGGUGGGAGAACGCGGAGUGCGACUCUCUGGGGGUCAGAAGCAGAGGAUCGCCAUUGCUCGGGCGCUCAUCAUGAACCCAGUUCUGCUGCUACUCGAUGAGGCGACGAGUGCCCUGGACGCGGAGAGCGAGCACUUGGUGCAGGAGGCGAUCGACCGAGCGAUGCAGGACCGGACGGUGCUCGUCAUCGCCCACCGCCUCUCUACCGUGCGCAGCGCUUCACAGGUGGUCGUGGUGGAACAGGGCCGGAUCGUGGAGCGUGGUACCCACGAUGCGCUGUUGGCGCAUCAGGGCGGUGUGUACCGCCGCCUCGUGCUGCGCCAGCUCAGCGCUGGGCACACCAGCGCGCCCUGUGCGGGCGACGGGGACGUGGGCAGCGAAGUCGAGAACGGAGACAGGGACAAAGGGAAUGGCGCGGAGGUCAAAGUGAAACAGCUGAGUCCCCGUGACUCGGAGCAGACGGAUCCAGGACAGAGCCAGGAGGCUGUUGUUGAUGACGAAACCGACGACGAUCUGAUUGACUUGCAGUCAAAUGGCUGACUCAAGCGCGGUGUGGUCGAAUUUGCUGUGUAGUGAGAGCGAAUGACCUGUAAAUGGGUAAUCUAGAGGUGCGACUGCUUUACAUAUGGAACUUUUUGAUUGUACAAACGAAGGGAAAUUAUUGUACGUUGAAAAACUCCGUUGAACAGGUUCAAACAAGAAUUGUCAUCGUCCAUAGCGCUGUAUUUACACACAAACCCUUCUCUCCUCGGGUAUGAGCGAGUUUACAUCUGUACGAGUUGUCUGUCAUAUUUAUCCACGGAGGAGAUCAAAAUGAGUGUGAUUACUUUUGAUUUCAAUAUUGCACACAGCUAAAGUCCUGGAUGAGAGAUGCCGGUAUUAUUAUGAUGCCACAUGUACAUGGUUGUUCUUCUGUGGUCAGGCAAGAUGAAGUAGUCUACACAGACGCAUUGAAACUGUUACUGGGGGUGCCGCGGUGGUGAGAUGUUAACUGCCUCGCCCGGAAUGCAGAAGGUCGUGGGUUCAAGCCCAACCCUGACAAUUAUUUUUUCUUUGGGUUGUCUGGUUUUUACCUCUACAUUUAGAAACCUGCAUUCAGUAUUUGGCUGCUAUAAAUUUCCACAUAAGCCACUUAAUUGGGAUAUCAUGUGGCCAGGUCUCUUCUGAAAAAGAGCUAUAUAGCCCAGUGGGCAUAUCCUGGUAAAAAAAAAAUGUUAGUUUAGAAAUUUAGGGGGCAAGUAUCGAUGUUGUUUCUUGUCAAGUAGCCAAGUGGCUCUAUGGAGAUGUUAUUGAAGGGGCACAGCAUAUGGCAUUCACCCCGCCCAAAUUAUUUGGGGCUCUCUCACCCUCAACUCAUGGGUCUGAUGCACUGUGCUGCUCAUGAUGCAGUAUGUUACAUGCUGCGUGUGAUUGCGAUAUUCUAGAUGUAUGACAUGUGUGUGCACAGUGCGUGUACAUGCACUCAUGAGUGACACUACACAGCUGCCUUGUGUGACCACAUUCCCUCCUGCGUGGGGCACCUUUGGCCCCGUUCGUCGUGCUCACCUCACCUUGGUCACAGGCGAAUGUGGUUAUAAGCAGUGGCGUAGUGUGGUGGCAACGGGGGGCCCCUUGGCUCCAAAUAUUGAAAUGUCCCAUAUCAUUGUGGCCCAGGUGCCUGCCUGGUAAAUAUGCCAACGUUGAGUCAACGUUGGCAUGUGGUGGACCCGUUGGCCCAAGGUUCCAUGUUUACUGUGUGGGGCGCCUUUGGCCCCCUUGGGGCCCGAGUGCAGUUGCACCGCCUGUGCACUGAAUAGCUCCUGCCGCUGGAUAAGAGCAGCAUUGCAAUAUCAGGAAACCUCACGUUGGUACGGAGCAAGAAUGGUUCCCAAAACGUUUGGGCGGUUUCUGCUUAAUCAGUGUGGCCUCGCCUGGGAAAUAAGUACGUUAUUAUUAUUGAAAGAUAAUCACGGGUGAGUUAACAUCCGACCUCAGUGAAUUAAUUUCUCAGGAAUAAUCCUUAUCAAUGUUUCUUCCUAAUUGUAUAUCAAUGUAUGCAUUCCACUGUAUUUUUGCAUAAAUGUAGUGUGUUUAAGACAGUACAUUGUGUAAUAAAGUGCUGUUCUCAAAAGGAGUGUGAAAGGUCUUGCAUGUUACGUGUAACAA